AUGAUAAUCCUGAUUCUGAUCACUAUGACGCUGAUGACGGGCACCAUAGGUGAAGAAGUACCACUUUAUGACAAUACAACUUUCUCUAUAGAUGAAAUGCUUAGAAAUUCAGAGUGCUUUUUACCGAGAGAUGCCGGGCGAGGCAGUGCAAAGCUUCMUCGAUUUUUCUUCAAUGUAAACGAAACAAAGCAAUGUGAAAACUUCUUCUUUGGUGGAGCUGGAGGUAACCUUAACAACUUUAAAACCAAAGAUAUGUGUAAAGAAGUGUGUAUGUAUGUAUCAUCCAAUGAUUUCCGACCAAUUACUAAUGAAGACUUCCAAAAGAGCGCAAUAUGCUUUCUUCCCAAAUUGAAAGGUUAUGGGCCUCUAACCAUGUCUCGAUUCUUUUAYAAUCACAAAACUCGAACAUGUGAGCGAUUUCUGUAUGGUGGAAGCAUGGGCAACGCAAACAAUUUUUAUACUAAGGAAGAAUGCCAGGAAGUGUGUGGUGAUCGAAAACAGAAUCGAUUUAGUCAACCUUCCCCAAAUCAGAAGUCUCAAAAGAGCCAAAUAUGCUUUUUACCAAAAAUAGCUGGCUGGGGYCAAGUGAGCACGCCUCGAUUCUAUUUCAAUGCAAAAACAGGAAAAUGUGAACGAUUCAUGUUUGGAGGAGGAAUGGGCAAUGCAAACAACUUUCUUACAUUAAAAGAGUGCGAAGAAAUGUGCGCUGACCGAAAGAAGAACACGUUUAAUCAGCCAUGGCCAACCAAAAACGCCAACAARAAUGAAAUAUGCCUUUUGCCAAGAGUGGUUGGGCAGGGCCGUGAGAGAUUGCCUCGAUAUUAUUUCAAUCCUGAAAAGAGAAAAUGCGAACGGUUUAUUUUUAGAGGAGGCACAGAUGGCAAUGCCAAUAAUUUUUUCACCAAAGAAGAGUGCGAGAAAAMUUGCGCUGAUCGAGAAACAAAUUCAUUCAAGCAACCAUUCCCGACAAAAAACGAGAAAAAGAACGAAAAAUGCUAUUUACCCAAAAUUGUUGGUCAAGGAAAUGCAAGAAUACCUCGAUUUUACUUCAAUGUCAACAUUGGAAAGUGUGAACWGUUUAUUUUUCGUGGAAACAAGGGAAAUGCUAACAACUUUGAAACAAAAGAGGAAUGUGAUGAAAUGUGUGMSAWUCCAAGAAAAAGUCCRUUCAGUCAGCCAAUGCCACCCAACAACGACAAAAGGAACGAAGUAUGCUUCUUACCAAAAUUGGUUGGYCAGGGCAGUGCAGAAAUGUAUCGAUAUUACUUCAAUGCUCAAAGUGGAAAAUGCGAACAGUUUGUUUUUAGAGGAAACAACGGUAACGCUAACAACUUUGAAAGCAAAGAGGAGUGUAAAAACAUGUGCAGGAUUCGAGAACAGAUUUUUAUGCAACCUGCACGAAAUAAAAAAAUCAAAAGGAGCGAAAUAUGCUUUUUACCAAAAAUGGUUGGUGAGGGACGUGCUAAAAUACGUAGGUUCUAUUUCAAUGCACAAAGUGGAAAGUGCGAAAAGUUUAUUUUUGRAGGAGGUAAAGGAAAUUAUAACAACUUCGAGACCAAGGAGGCGUGCAAGAUUAUGUGCAUUUAUCAUGGUUAAARUGCAUCUAGUCAGCCACAUUUGUCCGAGGACCUCACCAAAACCGAGAAGCUGUAACCCCCUCCCCCUCCCCGCCUUUAAUAAUUUUUUGAAUUUCAAUAAAACACUGAUAUCUAUACCUUUUGGCAGUAUCAAGUAACAUUUUCCACUGUAAAAGUAUGUUUUUGAAGCUCCCCAAAAUGCUUAGAAUCGCAUUUCCGAUUUAUCCAGCCUUAAGUGGUUGUUAGCCCCCUCAACCGAAAAUAUGCUCCGCCGUCCAUGUGGUUUGACAGUAMSUCUAAAUAACAUAAAAAACAACACGGCYGCUCAUGUUGGUUGUAAACAUUACAUAAAUAGUUAGAGUGACAAACACACUGCGCCCAAAGGGUACCGAAAUAGACYACAAACCUUCGAUUUCGAUAUUUAAACGUAUCAUAACGUAUAAGUGAGGMCGGUUUUCACUCACAAGGAAACAAUCAAAUAUCAAUAUUUUUUUAGUUUAAUUAAUCAAACCAAGUGAUAAGUUGCAUGAU